AUGUCGAGUAAAGAUAUUACAUUAUCAAAAAACGUCAUUCAAAAUUCUAAGGCUACAGAUGAACGUAUUGAUGAAGACAUAAAAAACAUAUUAGUCGAAAAUAAACAGUUGCAAUGGAUCCCUUAUAACAAAUUUAAAAUUAUCCAAGAGAUAGGUAAAGGUGGUUCUGCAACUGUACUUCAUGCUCAAUGGGAAGACCAAAAGAUGAAAAGAUUUGUCGCACUUAAGAUGCUUAAUGAGUUGAAACAUCGAGAAGAAUUUAUAGAAGAGUUCAAAGAAGAAAUUUAUGUGUAUUCUGGAAGUAGUACAAAUCAAAAUGAAGGUAGGUUACUGAUUUGA